CAGGCUUCUAGGGUUUUCGCGCCGCCGCCGCCGCCGCUUCGUCGUCUCCGCCGCAGCGAUGCCGUCGCACAAGACCUUCCGGAUCAAGAAGAAGCUGGCGAAGAAGAUGCGCCAGAACCGCCCCAUCCCCUACUGGAUCCGCAUGCGCACGGACAACACCAUCAGGUACAACGCCAAGCGCAGGCACUGGCGCCGCACCAAGCUCGGCUUCUGAGCGCGCGGAUCGGCCGGCUCCUGCGUCGGAAUUCUAGGGUCUCUACCUUUCCUUUGGUUUUAUCGAUGUCUCUUGUGUUUCUGUAAGCUAGCAAACAGUUCCAGAAAGCUUUUGUUAAGAUUUUGAUGACGCUAAGAGGAUUGAUGCUACUAUGCUGUACUCAGGAUUCCAUGCUGCAUUGCGAUGCUAAAUUAAAGAACCUCUGUUACCUUACUUUA